AUGCCGCCGAAAUUUGUUCCACGCGAACGAAAGCACAGGAAAAUCGCACGUCAGAAGGAAGCAGAAUCGGCAGCGCAAGAUGCCGGUGAAGUCCCUCAAGAAGUCACCGGGAAAAAGAAAAAGAGGUUGCAAAAGUACAUAGAGACAAAGCUCAAGAAGGAAGAGAAUCUUGAAUUGCUCAAAAAACUUGCGGCCCACAAAGUCGACACGAGUCUGCUUCAGAGUGCAAAAAAACUUGGUCGCGUACAUGAGAACAAGAGAGAGCGAUUUCAACGGGCACUGAAGGAACGCGCGGCUGGUAUAGAUGUCAAUGGAGAUCAGGACGACAUUCUGCUGGAGGAGCGAGCGACAGACCUGUAUGAUUCGAUACCUGAUAAAGUUUUCAAUCACCAUGAAUCGCGAGCUGCUGUAGCAAAUGAAUCGACUCUUCCACCAGCGUCAACACAAGGCUUCGGUCUCGGUUUGAAACGUCCCUUAGAAGUAGAUGAGGCUGGACUGCCAGUCAUAAAGCGACGUAAGCGACGAAAGCCACAGCCGAAAUUAUCAUCAGCACCAGCUGCGCACGAUAACGAGUGGAAUGGAUUUGACUCAGGCGCAGAAGAGGAUAGCACAGCAUCGGACAAAUUUCAGGCGAAUGUGAGCCCAGGGGCGGAGGCAGACUCUGACAAUGAGUCCGACAACAACUCCGAGUCAUCAGAGGCCGCAGCGGGAGAUUCAGACGAAGAAGCUGAAGCAAGCGACGAAACAUCUCCCACAGCUUCGGAUGCGGACUCAGACGUUGAAGACGCGCAGAUCGAUGACGAAGCAGAGGAACGACCGACGCGACUGUCAGCUUUCAAGGCUUGGGCCAACGUUCAACGUAACGAAGCCAUGGACUUCACACCGUCAGCCGUGCCCGUAACCUCAGAGGCUGUCAAAGCCAGCUUCACGCCCCGCGCGCCAUCUCCCAAUCCAGAUGCCAUUGCAGCGUCUCAGGCAUUAGCGACUGAUACAGGCUUUCGUCCUGCUGCCGCCGUCAAUAUUGCACGUCGUGAAGAUGUGCAAAACGCGCGACUGGAGCUGCCUGUCGUCCAAGACGAACAAAAGAUCAUGGAAGCUGUAAACGGAAAUCCGGUAGUCAUUGUGUGUGGCGCUACGGGAUCUGGUAAGACGACACAGAUUCCACAGAUUUUACUCGAGAACGGCUAUGGAUCUCACGGCAUGAUUGGUGUCACCCAGCCCCGACGGAUAGCAGCUACAUCUGUCGCAUCUCGCGUGGCAUACGAACUUGGUGAUGAACACGGGAAAAACGUGGCCCAUCAGGUAAGAUAUGACAGCAAUGUCGACCGCAACACCAAGAUCAAAUUUAUGACGGACGGUGUUUUGCUGCGCGAAAUCAGUCAGGAUUUCAUCCUGAGCAAGUACAGCGUAUUGGUAAUCGACGAAGCGCAUGAGCGCAGUGUGAAUACCGAUAUUCUCAUCGGAAUGCUUUCGCGUAUCGUGCCAUUGAGACGGGAACUACAUCGUGAACAACCGGAAAAGCACACGCCCCUCAAAUUGAUUGUGAUGAGUGCUACUCUGCGUGUGUCCGACUUCUUAUUGAAUCAAAGACUCUUUCGCGACACCAUUCCCCCGCUUGUCCAAGCAGAGGGACGACAGUAUCAAGUCACAGAACAUUUCGCUCGGCGAACGCAGCGAGAUUACGUGAUGGAAACCAUUCGCAAGGUCUCGCGCGGUCACAAGAAGCUUCCACCUGGAGGCAUUCUGGUCUUCUUAACUGGUCAAGACGAGAUUCAGACUGUUGCAAAACACCUGCAGGAAUCGUUCAGAGACAACCAGGAUGGAUUUCACAAUUCAAGUCAUGCAAACCCUCGUAUUACGAAGCAUGUAGAGAAUGACUACCUUGAGAACGAAGAUAACGACGAUUCCGAUUCUGAUACCGAGAUUCACGGCCUUGACGAUUAUGACGAAGAUGACGAAUUUGCUGUAGAGCCGGACACAACGGCGACGACACAGCGUGGACCUUUGAAAGCACAAGUACUCAUGCUAUAUGCCGCGCUUCCUCCGAACUUACAAAAGCGUGUCUUUGAACCCGCUCCAGAUGGGACGAGGAAUAUCGUUCUUGCAACGAAUGUUGCAGAAACCUCUCUCACAAUUCCAGGAAUCAGAUAUGUGUUCGAUUGUGGACGCAGCAAGGAGAAGACUUACGAUGGCUCGACAGGUGUACAAGAGUAUACUAUCGAUUGGAUCUCAAAGGCUAGCGCAUCUCAACGAAUGGGUAGAGCUGGUCGUACUGGACCUGGCCACUGUUACAGGCUCUACAGCUCUGCAAUUUUCGAGCAGUACUUCGAAGAGCAUUCGGCGCCCGAGAUCCUGCGAGCACCCAUCGAAGGGACUGUGUUGCAGCUCAAAAGUAUGGAUGUAGAAAACGUGAUUGGCUUUCCGUUCCCGACGCCACCGAGCACUGAGCAACUUCUGCAUGCGGAAAGAUUACUCAAGAAUCUCGGAGCAAUCGAUGCAAGAUCGGGUAAGAUCACACAGGUCGGCCGAGAUUUGGCGUACUACCCUGUCAAUCCGAGAUUCGGGAAGAUGCUGCUGCUCGGUCUUCGCAAUCACGUCCUGCCUCUUACAAUCGCUUUGGUCGCCGGACUUGCGGUCGGCGACCUGUUCAUCGCAGCACCUCGAAUGGACCGUGCUUCGAUGGAUGCUGGCGACGAUUCAAGUGAAGAGGAAUACAAGAAACGCAGAGUUGACGCGGCGGCACUGACAAUGGCUCAGAAACGUCAGCAGGCUUAUGGGCGCGCCAACGCGACACUCUCUGCCUGGGAUGACAAUGCAGAUGUGAUCAAACUGUUGACAGCAGUAGCGGCUCACGCUCAAGCCGAGGAGGACCCGGAUAAUAUCCCGAGCUUCUGUGAAGAGUACUUCCUCCGUCAAAAGGGUAUGACCGAAGUACAACAACUACGCAGACAGCUGCACAACAUCAUGCAAGCCCAUGUCAAAGACGGUCGCAUCGCCGCCUUCGUCAAGCAGCUGCCCGCUCCUUCUAAGAAGCAAAUCGCGAUGCUCAAGCAGAUCGUCGCUGGUGGCUACGUGGACCAGGUAGCGAUCCGAGCCGAUCUCCUCCCCUCCCCUCCAUCGCUCCGCCCAGGCCGCCGAGCAAUCGAAGUGCCGUACCGAACGAUCAUAGCAUCCGCGUCAGAAGUCGACCGCAUGGCCCCAAUCGAGCAGCAAGAGGAACACAAGAGCGUCUACAUCCAUCCCAGCAGCGUACUCUCGCGUCUCUCCGUGGCCGAAAUGCCCCCUUACAUAAUCUACUCCGAGCUCAGCCGAGCGACGGCCAAAAACCUCAGCGACGCGCCGCGCAAGACACGCAUCCGGCCUCUGACCACCAUCGCCCGUAAGCAGCUCGCGGCGCUUGCAGAAGGAACGCCCCUGCUUGAUAUGGGCAAGCCGAUCGGCAAGAUCGAGGAGAGCGAGGCGGGUCGUCGGCGGGAGUGCUGGCUCAAUGUCUCGCUGCGGGACCCGAAUGCAACAGGGACGACCGGAUGGCCGCUUGGUGCAUGGAAGGUCGCCCAGACGAGGAAAGGCAAGGAUUGGGCGACGGAGAAGGUCAUUUCCCGUGGGACAGCGUGA